AUGACUCAGAUAGAGAGUGCCGAUACCCCCCAUGAGGACUACGAGGAGAUGCCUGGUGGCCCUGGUGCCCCCAUCCCGGUGGCUCAACUGGUCGGUGUUUCGGGACUGACGGACCGAGAUAUCAAGUUGGUUAUCGAAGGUGGUUUCCACACGGUGGAAUCAAUUGCAUACACACCUCGUCGACAACUGGAACAAAUCAAGGGCAUUUCAGAAGCCAAGGCAAGCAAACUCUUGAACGAAGCGAUGAAACUUGUCCCGAUGGGCUUUACCACGGCAACAGAGAUGCAUGCGCGACGAAGUGACCUUAUCUCCAUUACCACUGGCUCCAAGAACCUCGAUCGGCUUCUAGGAGGAGGUGUCGAAACUGGGUCUAUCACCGAGAUAUUUGGAGAAUUCCGAACCGGGAAGAGUCAGAUAUGCCACACACUGGCUGUUACAUGUCAGCUGCCUUUUGACAUGGGAGGAGGGGAAGGAAAAUGUCUCUACAUUGAUACGGAGGGUACGUUUCGACCUGUCCGGCUGCUGUCGGUAGCGAAUCGUUAUGGUCUCGAAGGAGAGGAGGUUCUGGACAACGUGGCUUAUGCUCGAGCUUAUAACUCGGAGCAUCAACUACAACUGCUUCAGCAAGCAUCCCAGAUGAUGUGCGAGACCCGAUUCUCCCUGCUCAUUGUUGACUCCGCCACCUCCCUAUAUCGAACAGACUACAAUGGAAGAGGCGAGUUGUCGUCGAGACAGUCACACAUGGCCAAAUUCCUGCGGACGCUUCAGAGAUUGGCCGACGAGUUCGGUAUUGCGGUUGUCAUUACCAAUCAAGUCGUCGCGCAGGUGGACGGCGGACCAAGCUCCAUGUACAAUCCCGACCCAAAGAAACCAAUUGGCGGCAACAUCAUUGCUCAUGCAAGUACCACCAGACUGAGCUUGAAGAAGGGUCGGGGCGAGACUCGAAUCUGCAAGAUCUAUGACAGUCCAUGCUUGCCGGAGAGUGACACGCUGUUUGCCAUUUACGAACAUGGAAUUGGCGAUCCUCAGCCUAAGGACGACAAAGAAUGA